CGUUAGCCCGGGCGGAUCGAGCGCGCGGGGUUCUUUUGCUGGAUUUCCGGAGCUGCGGCAAAUUUAACUAGAUCAACAAAGCUAAGCAAGGCAAGGCGCGGGAAAGUAAAAGCCGAGGGAUCGGAGAUCCCCGUUCUUCAUGCAUCACACUUUUGAGCAUCAUGCACAGGAGACAUCUUCAGGAAAUUCCAGAUUUGGGGAGCAACAUCACUACAAGUAUCCCAUGGAGCUGGCAUCCCAACAAAACUUCAGAUCUCCUCUCAGACACUCUGGGAGUGUCUGCUCUUAAACUGGACAGUGAGAACACACCUCAGGAUCUAUUGAUGUGUGUGGCUCCACCCACCAAACGGCAGAAAGUGAGGGAAACCAAAUGUGUGAUUAUCCACCAGCCUAGACUGCUUCAUGCAACAAUAGCAGGUGUUUCUUGGGAUACUUUGCCAGAUGAACUGCUGUUGGGAAUCUUUUCCUAUCUAAACUUGACUGAUUUGCUGAAAGUUUCCCAGGUUUGUCAGAGAUGGCAUCGCCUUUCGCUUGAUGAGUCGCUCUGGCAAACUCUUGAUCUUGCAGAUAAAAAUCUUUUGCCAGCAGUGAUUGGCCAAUUGUUGCCCUUGGGAGUGAUUGCCUUCCGCUGUCCAAGGUCCUGUAUUGGGACCCCUUUGUUUAAAACAAGCAGGGCUCUUUGUGUGCAACAUCUGGAUUUAUCAAAUUGUACAAUAAAGGUUAUAGAUCUUGAGAGUAUCCUUGGCAGAUGCCAGAAUCUGCAGAAUCUCAGCUUAGAAGGUCUCUUACUUUCUUCUGAUAUAGUUAGAAGUAUAGCUCAAAACCCCAACUUGGUUCGGCUAAACUUAUCUGGAUGUUCUGGAUUCUCUGCAGAUACUGUGGAAGUGUUGUUGAAAAGCUGUCCAAGGUUAGAAGAAUUGAAUUUAGGCUGGUGUGACUUCACAACUGAGCAUUUGAAGAUCAUAGUCAGUCAUGCUCCUCCAAAGCUAUUGCAGUUGAACCUUAGUGGAUACAGGCAGAAUCUCCUGAUGCCAGAUGUUAAAACAUUACUAGAGAGAUGCUCUGGUCUAAUACAUUUAGAUUUAAGUGACAGUGUUAUGUUGAAGCCUGAAUGCUUUGCGUACCUCCACCAACUCACACGCCUUGAGCACUUAGGUUUUAGCCGAUGCUAUCAAAUACCUCCUGCUGCUUUACUUGAACUUGGUGAAAUUGCUACGCUCAAAACGCUGCAGGUUUUUGGAAUAGUGACUGCCAAUUCCCUACAGCUCUUAAAGGCGACGCUUCCUCAUAUAAAGUUCAAUACCUCCUACUUUACACCUAUUGCAAGACCCACCACCGGCUGCAAAAAGAACCAAGAGAUCUGGGGGAUCCAGUGCAGACUGAACUUGAGAAAUCCGGCUGGGGUUUGAAAGAACUUGAAAGACUCUGACUUCUACCAACAGCAACGUUGAGUUCCUCAAGUCUUCACUGUGGAGUUUUUGCAUUCCGUUGUAACCUCACAAUUUGCAGUUACUGACCGGGUUUUAUCAGUUUAUGACCAAAUGCUAUCAAGUAUUUUACAAUUUGUAUUUUUUAUGUUUUAUGUUCCACUACUUUUACUGAGGCCUGUCCAAGAAAUGCUAAUCAUGCACAAAUAGUUGCCAUAUGCAAUAUGCACACUCUCCUUGUGGAAAUAUUUUUUUUUUAAAAAAAGUAGCUCUAGUUAAUAAAACUUGUCCAAAUGUUCAUAUUCUCUGUUUUAUCCAUGCCAGUUAUUGUUGUAGGGUAUAUUUGGGCUGAUAUACUUAAGAUACUGACCUUUAUCUCAUAAUUCCUGGAAACAUCAUAGUUUAAUUCUGUUUAGAUCACAGCCCUGAAACGUUUUGUUGUCACAUAUCUCAAUACUAAUUGAGUAUAAUCAACACAGCCGCAUGUUGCUAAUUGGUAUACAAUGGCAUUUGGGACUGGAAUGGCAUUUGGGACUGGAAUUCCCUUACUAAGUGAUGUUAUUGUAAAGCAUAACGUCAUGUGACUGCA